AAAUAAGCCUAUGUCAGACCAGUUAUUUAUUGAGUCUUGAUCCAACCCAUAAACGUAGCGGUCUGGGGUCCGUUCGGUUCAGUUCCCACCCUAAAGCUAAUAAUUUCCGUCUUGUUGGAGAAGAGUUCUAUGAUUCCUCUGGGAAUAGGAACCCAGGAAAGAGAGGGGUGAGCUCUCUCUCUCUCUCGAUUGCCGCUGCAAAAUCUCUCUCGAUUGCCUAUCGAUUGUCGCUGCCAAAAUAUCUCUCUCUCACAAGAGGCGCAGAUCUUACUCAUGGCUACGCCCUCUUCGUCUGAAGACGACGACGACGCGCAACCUCAAGAGGCCUCCGAUUCUCAAGCAGAGAGUGGCGAUGCCGCAGAAGAAGGAGAAGGAGAAGGAGAAGGGGAAGGGGAAGGAGAAGAAGUAGAAGAAGAAGAGGAGGAGGAGGAAGAAGUAGAAGUAGAAGAAGAAGAGGAGGAGGUGGAAGAAGUAGAAGAAGAAGAAGAGGAGGAGGAAGAAGAAGUAGAAGAAGAAAGAGGAGGGGGAGGAGGAGGAGAAGAAGAAAGAGAAGAGGGCAAUAAUGAAGGAGGAGAGGAAGGGGAAGAAGAAGAAGAAGAGGAAGAGGAAGAAGAAGAAGGAGAAGAGGGCAAUAAUGAAGGAGGAGAGGAAGGGGAAGAAGAAGAAGAAAUAGAAGAGGGCAAUAAUAAAGGAGGAGAGGAAGGGGAAGAAGAAGAAAGAGAAGAGGGCAACAAUGAAGGAGGAGAGGAAGAGGAAGAGGAAGAAGAAGAAGAAGAGGGAGCAGAUUCUUUGGUUGCUGCCGCUGAUGAUGAGGCACAUGAUGCUAGCCAAGAAGUUGAGUCUGAUGGGAAUGAUGUGGACACUGGAUCAUUUUGUUCAAAUAUAGAGAAAUCUAAAUUGAAGCUUGCGUCAAAUGCCCAUCCUGUGGAAGAUAAUGAUCAUUCAAACGAGUCGGCUGAAGCACAGCCGAAUCUGGUUUCUUCUGAAGAAAACAGGCUUUCAGAAUCUUCGCUUGAAAAUAAAAAUAUAGGAGCCCUGACAGAAAAGGAAGUGUCCAUUGAAGCUUUUGAAAAUAUAAAAAAUGAUAGCACUGAAGGUCACGAUGGUACUCAGGCUCAUUCAAGUGAUGAUGCUAAGAAAACCAAAUCCCCAUGUGUGAAUCAGACUGAGGUUGGUAUUGAGCAGUUGACUAGAGAUGGUUCUGGAAACAUCAAUUCCACUGACAUUCUACAUUCCAAGAAAGAAGUGAACCAAUUAGGCAUGCAAACCGAUGUGCAUUCGGCUGAGGAAAUCAAUCUAGGAACAUCAAGCUUACAUACUCCACAGCGAAGGCCUAGAAGUCUGACCCCUGAUGCUGAAUUUGAGGAUAAAAUUAAACGGCCAGCGAUUAUAUGUGAUUUUUUCGCUAGAGGUUGGUGCAUCAAGGGGAACUCGUGCAGGUUUCUUCAUCAGAAAGUUGGUGUUGAUAAUAAUAAUACCAUCCACUCAACCAAAGGAGAUAUGGCUGGUUCAACUGGGAAAGGAGAACUCGAAGAAAAUUCAGGUUUAAGACCAGAAGCCGAGAAAUCAACAUUAUCUACUUCUGUUGAGCCGUCAUAUGCUGAUGAUAAUUUGUCUUCAAAAUCAGAGUUCCUUUCAGAAAGGAUUUUAUCCAAGGAGCAUGGGGAAAGCCAACGGCAACAUCAGUUUCAUAGCAUGCGAAGGCUGUCUUCAUUUCAGGGGGAGGAAUUAUUUCCUGGUAACUAUAACAUGCGGACUUCUGCUGUGACUAUUCGAGAAGAUCUUUCGAAGUUUGAUAUUGCUCCUGGCAAAGGUUUUGGAAUUCCUUCCAUUCACGAGAAGCUUAGCCCUCAUUUUAACCCCAUGGAUGAUAGACGCCUAUACAGUGAAGAACUCGUUUCUGGAAAAUACCCACUUGCAGUGAAGAUGAUGCACCGUGAAAUACAGAAAGGAGAAUUUUCUAAUGAUGGUGAACCAUUUAGUACAAGAGGAUCUCCUUUUGCUAUUAGGAAUAACUUUGUUCCUGAAUCUAGACAUUUAUCAAGUGGCCCAUUGAUACCCUCAAGUAUCAUCUCACCUUCACGCCAUUCAUUCUCACACCAAGGGAUUUCAUCAACUCGUGGCUCUACUCCUUUGAAUGCGGAGCAUCUCAGUGCAGAAAAACUUCGAGAUAGUGAUAAAGGAUAUUCUGCUUCUAGGUCUGCCUCGCUUCCUCGAAGUUCCUCACCUUACUGCUCAGUGCCUGAACCAGAAAACAGGCCACUGCACAAUAAUCCAGCUAUGCCUAUAGAUUUCAAAACACAAUCCUAUUCUUAUGAUUGGGAGCCAUCUGUACGCUUUCGGUCAUCCUUUUAUUGUCCACCAGAAAGUAUGUCAUCCCCAGGAAGCCAAUAUGAUCCUCUUCGCGAUAGCAUUGAGCCUCCUAAUGGAGGAAACAGUCUCUUUCAGGCUUCUACCUUUAGCCAAGGCACAACCAUUGGAAAUACAUCACUCCAGCAGACAGAUACUGAUCUUGUUUCUGCUAUUUUGAGUCGACAUUCAGGAUAUAAUGCUGAGCAGUUCCCACAUUCUGUCAUUGGAUCACAUGACAACUCUUUGGGCAAGAAUAUUUACGGACAUGAAGUAGGUGAAAAUACAACUGAUGCAGGAUCUACAGGAACUUAUAUGGCUGAUAGGGAGAAAAGAAGCUCCGUGCCCCAAGAGGAGAAAACUUUGAGCCCUGGUCAUGUAGUUGAUGUUUCAAACCUCAAGGAGGUGGACCUUGAUGGUAGUUCUAAGCAUCAAACAGAUAGAGGUAGACACAACAAGGAUUCGAAGACCUUGAAACUCUUCCAUGCUGCUCUCGUGGAUUUUGUGAAAGAAUUGGUAAAACCAUCUUGGCGUGGAGGUCAAUUGAGUAAGGAUGUUCAUAAGAUGAUAGUAAAAAAAGCAGUCGAGAAGGUCCUCAGCACGUUACGGUCUCAUCAAAUUCCGACAACCACGGAAUCAAUUAAACAAUAUCUUUCCUCAUCCCGACCAAAACUUGCAAAGCUUGUAGAGGGUUACGUCGAAAAGUAUGGCAAUGCCAAAACUUGAGCUACCAAGGAUGCUGAAUGGCUUUAAAUUUGUACAGUUAUCUACAUGUGAUGGUGCCUAAACUUAAUCUGGGCUAUUUUAGAUGUCAACUAUUAUAGCUCAGUCCAAUAUUCCUCACAUGUCAUGUGUAGAUUUUCUCGUGAAUUUCACGAUUGAUGACUUGUUUUUGGUCCAUCCUGCGGGUACACUUUGAGGGAAAUCGUAAGUUUUCAUUCUUGUUGUUCAUGACAACAAGAUUGAUUUGUGCGGCACAAAAGGUUGCAAUUUUAGUGUAUGCAUGAGAGAAAGUUUCAAUUUAUGAAUUCAGAGAUGGAGUGGAGACGUGUAGAAAGACCAACAAGGAUUUACCUUCCAGAUUCCAAAAUCAGUUUCUUGAACUUGCAGGGUGUUUGAGGUACCAUUCCAUUCAAUCCAUUCAACAGAAGUUUUAGCGUGCCAUUUAGUCAAUGCAUUUUUGGAGUCAUCCAUGAACUGUGUAAUUUUUUAUAACAACUUUGGAUAUGUUUGCUAAAUUUCCUUGAUUACCAUCACACUCAAUGAUGAGGCAGCUAAUUAACUGAGUACUAAUUAGUAUUGAAGUA